CAGUGAGAGAGAGUUUCCUGCAGAGAGAGGACAGGGCUUGGUUCACUGGGACAGUAUGGACGUGUCACUGGUUUUAGUGGUGGGGCUGAUCCUCACUCUGCUGGUGCUGCUGGGUCUGAAGAGAGGGGGUCCGGUGAGUUUACCUCCGGGACCCUCAGGCCUCCCCCUCAUAGGAAACCUGCUGCAGCUGGACAAGAGGGCCCCGUUCAAAACCCUGCUCAAACUCAGUGAAAGCCACGGCCCCGUGAUCACCGUGUAUCUGGGCCCUCAGCGGGCUGUGGUUCUGGUCGGGUACGACGCCGUGAAGGAGGCUCUGGUGGACCAAGCAGACGACUUCACGGGCAGAGCACCGAUUCCUUUCCUGUUCAGAGUGACCACGGGCUAUGGUUUGGCGAUCAGUAACGGAGAGCGCUGGCGGCAGCUGCGGCGUUUCACCCUCACAACGCUCAGGGACUUUGGAAUGGGACGCAAAGGGAUGGAGGAGUGGAUCCAGGAGGAGAGCAGCCAUCUGGUGGCACGCCUCAACAGUCUGGAAGGUGCAUCUUUCGAUCCGACCUUCUACAUGAGCUGCACCGUGUCCAACGUGAUCUGCUGCUUGGUGUUCGGUCAGCGCUUCAGCUACGACGAUGAAGAGUUCCUCUACCUGCUGGAGACCAUCUCAGAAGUCCUGAAGUUUGGCAGCAGUCCCUGGGGUCAGCUGUAUAACGUCUUCCCUCGACUGAUGGAAUGGCUGCCGGGUCGACAGCACACGAUCUUUGCCAGGGUCGGUGCUCUGACAGAUUUCGUCAGGCGAAAGAUCCGUGAGCACGAAGACACGCUGGACCCGAGCUCGCCCAGAGACUACAUCGACUGCUUCCUGCUCAGAGUCCGUCAGGAAAAGGAAGUUCCCACGUCUGAGUUCCACCAUGAAAACCUGGUGGCGACGGUGUUGAAUCUGUAUUUGGCAGGAACAGAAACCACCAGUUCCACCAUCAGAUUUGCACUUAGUGUGUUUAUCAAAUAUCCAAAAGUACAGGAGGAUAUGCAGCAGGAGAUUGACACUGUGAUUGGACGGCAGCGUUGUCCCUACAUGGAGGACAGGAAGUCCCUCCCCUUCACAGAUGCAGUCAUCCAUGAAAUUCAGCGUCUGAUGGACAUUAUUCCCAUGAACUUCCCUCACUACGCCCUCCAGGACAUCGCCUUCAGGGGCUACACGAUCCCCAAGAACACAUUUAUCAUUCCCUUGUUGCACUCUGUGCUCAAAGAGGAGAAGCAGUGGGCCACACCUUGGUCCUUCAACCCGCAGCACUUCCUGGACCAAAACGGCAGCUUUAAGAAAAAUCCUGCGUUCUUGCCAUUUUCUGCAGGAAAGAGAUCUUGUGUUGGAGAGUCCCUCGCUCGCAUGGAGCUCUUCCUCUUCCUGGUGUCACUUCUGCAGCGUUUCACCUUGUCUUGCUCCGGAGGUCCUGACAGCAUCGACCUCAGCCCCGAGUACAGCAGCUUCGCCAACGUGCCCCGAAGGUAUGACAUCAUCGCCACGCCGCGGGAAUAAUGGAUAAUUUGAUAUCAAAGGAAAUAAAUUCCGUGGUAGCAUAAGUCCAGACAGAGGACUUCAUAUUUCUUUUCUCCUGUGCCCAUAACUCUGAUGUUUGACUUCACCUAAUAGUGUGAGUCCAUGUUUGUAUAUCUUCUUGUAUAUCUUCUGUGCUCGUGUGUCAAAUGUUAACAAAGUGUUUACCAAAGAUUUUAAAGAGCGCUCACUACAUCACUUAGUCACGUGUUUUACUUUAAUUACACCUCAGAAUACACAACUCACAAACACAGCUAAUAGAGGAUCUCCGCUCCUGUAAAAAGUUAUGAUAUAUCAUCAACUACUAUUUGAAGCAUCAACUUGUGAACUGAAAUAGUUUUUUGUUUUCUUGCUUUGUUUUGUUAAGAAAAUGCAGGAAUCACAUGACAAAACAUGAGAAGGAUUGUAUGAUAACAUAUUAAUGAACAAUAACAGGUAACAUACCAUCAUUUAAAAUAAGUCUGGGCCCUUUAAACCCUUUGCUCAGUGACAUGACCUGGAGUGAUGUCAGUAAUCUGAUGAGUUCCAGGUGAUCCAUCGAGCAGCGGUUCAGCCUGUCGGUGUGUAGCUGUGUGUAGCUUUGUGUAGAUGUGUGUAGAUGUGUGUAGAUGUGUGUAGCUGUGUGUAGAUGUGUGUAGAUGUGUGUAGAUGUGUGUUCCAGAGCAACAGAGUGAACGUCCGUGUCAGACUUAAGGGAUCAUUGUCCGACACUGAGGCUGAAGCGUGUGAGGAACCCGGAGUAUCGGUUGUCAUGGCAGGUUCUAUUAAACCUUAAUAAGACUUGGUUAAGAUCUUACACGUCAAGUAUUAGGUGCAAAAUAUUGUGCCGCAGUAUAUUAUUGUUUUAAUAGAACAAAGUUUACAACACGUUUACAGAAUCUAAAGAGAAUGCAUUAUUCAGCAUAUAUUGUUUCCUAUAAUAAAACAUAUCAACAAGUAUAUUCUAUUGAAGUUAUAUUUUUACUAAAAUAAGAGAAGUCUGGUCCAUGUGUCUGAGUGAUGAUGGCACACCGGUGAUUGUUACUCCUGUGAGAUGUUUAGUAUGAUCAGUGACCGAACUCCUCUGUCCUCGUCCACUAUUUGUUUUGUUAAAGGAAAAUACAGAGAACAAGUGAAAGUGAUCACAGGAUUAAAACCCGACUCUCACACCAGGAAGAAACAGCAUGAAUUGUGUUUCUAGAUGAUUUCAGGGAAACAAAAGUAAAAACUCGACCCCGGACACGAGGAGCAGGUGCUAAAGUGUUUGCUAGAUGUUGGGCAGGUGAUAUUUAUGCUUCACCAGUUUCUUCAUAUCUGGUGCUGGUGAGAUGUUGCUGUUUGGUAACUGAGGCAGGUACUGGGCCUAGAAGGAGAGGGGGGGAGGGAGAGAGAGGGGGAGAGAGAGAUCACACAAGUAAAAACACAAAUAUCUGUUGUGCACAUCUCAAAAUUGUCUAUGCCUUAAUGUAUCAGGGUAAUUGUUUUUCGGGGGGGGGGGUUCCAUCCUGCACCUGUAAAUGUGAUAUGUCACUAAUGCCUUGAGGGAAUUAAGUGUUAACUUGGACUCAGGGAUAAACUGGUUGUGUUUUCUUGGUCGAGGGUCAGUGUCACUGAUCCCUCACACACAAACGUCUGGCCUGGUGACGGGGAAAUCUCGAUAGUGACAUGAAGGAAUCUCGUACAAACAUUCUUUACUUAAUAUACUUUAUAAAAACUUCCUUCAAAGUCUGCACUGUAAAGCUCUUUCAUAUGCCUUGGUCGUUGUUUUCUUUUGGUGAAUAAACUUUUGAAAGUUGAA